AAGCUCCCGUCCCGGAUACCGCAUGCAUCGCAUCGCAUCGCACCACGUGCGUGUCUCGCUUUCACAAACCACAACCAAAAAGCCAAGACGAGACAAGACAGGACAUCGCGCGGAGAACACCGUCCAAAGGCCGGCCAGCCAGCCAGCCAGCCAGCCAGUCCGACCUUCCAUUUACGUAUUUCUCUCCAUCUCUCUCCCGCCGUUCGAAAUGAUGGAUUUGCCUGUGCAGAUGGCGCUGGGCCUGAUAAAAGGCGUCCUCCCUAGCAGCGCGGUACAGUUCAUCCAAGAAAACCUCCUCGACCCGGCAUCGCCCGCGCAAGCCGUGAAGCGCGAAGCGUCGGGCGCUCUAUGGGCGAUCGGCGCGUCGGUGUGGCCCGUGGUGGCGCCGCUAGUAGACCGGGCGACGGCGGCGCUAUCGAGAAGCCCAGACAUGGUGGUGGCGGCUGCGUUCCUUGUCGUGGUGCUCGUUGUGUACCAGGUGCUCUCGCUCGUGCGGCGCGUCAUGAUGUUCUGGACGCGGCUGGCGGUGCGCGCCGUCAUGUGGGCGGGGGUCGCGGCGCUGCUGGCCAUGGCGUGGCAGCGCGGGAUCGAGGCCAGCGUGCGCGACGCCGUCGUCAUCCUUAGUAAGGUUGCCGGGUUCGGCGGCGGCGUCGCCAACUACUUCGUCCAGGAGUAUCAGCGCUACGACGCCCAGCAGCGCGAGGUCCAGCAGCACCAACAGCAGCAGCAGCAGCAGCAACAGUACCGGAGCGACGACUACGGACAGCGCUCCUCGCGCUCCUCACGCGGCCAGGGGGGCGGGUGGUCAUGAGCGGCAUGAAACGGGAAUUGAGCAUGCGACGCAUUGGGUUCUGUUCAACAGUCAAUGGGACGGUGACAAGGAAACGGGGGUGAAGGGGAUUACGGAAUACACGGGCAUUUUGCGGGAAAGUACUCCACGGCGUUUAUGUGUAAUUUUUAGGAAUAAAUUGACGGACCACAUGUUUAUGUAGUCGAUGCUUCUAGGUUGGCGGGCGAUUACAAGGCCGGCAUUGAAAUGCGCAUCUCUGGAUGUUGUUGUGAUAAAACCAGAAUUCUAUUUUAGUAUAACAAAACUUAAA